GCAGCCAUUGCGAAUCUCAAAAUGAAAACAGUGCAGAACUAUUUUCUUCUUCAGCAAUCAUUAUAAGAUCGAAGAUAAGAGGCGGAGCAAGCAUUGACCGUUCAGACAUAGAAAAGAUGGUUUCAGUGAGAUAGCUAAUUACAAGUGUGUCCCUGUGAUGGGCAGAUAUAAGAGCAAUAGUGUUUGUGCUGCAGCAAUUGCCAAUCUCAAACUGAACACAGUGAAAUCUCUUCUCCUCAUCAGAUCUAAGGAAUAUGGAAAACGUUCCAUUUGCUGUUGCGUCUAAUCUCAUUCACAGGUUGGCUUCCGCAGAUUUUCUUGAAUUUGGAAAGCAUUAUGAUGUGACGGAAGAGUUGGAAGAGCUCAAGAACACUAUUGAAUCCAUCAAUGCUAAGCUCCUUGAUGCCGACGAUAAACAAGAUCAAGAUGAUGGUGUGCGAGUUUGGAUCAGAAGGUUCAAAAAAGUACUCCAUGCUGCAGAUGACUCCUUAGAUGAGCUCGCUAUCCAAUUCAGGAGAGACAAAUUGGGUGCAGCAGAAGGAAAAGAAGUAGACAAGGUACUUCUUUCCAUUUCAUCUUCAAAUCAACUUCCUUUAUACACUGAAAUGCCUGACAAAAUUAAAGAAAUACGAGAAAGUUUUGAUGGUGUAGUAGAAGACAUGGAUAAAUUGAAUUUAAGCCCAGGUUCUCUGGUUAAGCAAACUAACAGUGAAUGGAGGGAAACAUGUUCUUUUGUGCUAGAAUCUGAUAUCAUUGGAAGAGAUGAUAGUAAAAAGGAGAUUAUUAGUCUGUUGAGACAGCCUCAUGAAAACCGAAAAGUUUCUGUGAUUGCUAUUGUUGGCCUCGGUGGCUUGGGGAAGACAACGCUUGCUCAGUUCGUGUAUAAUGACUUGGAAGUGCAGAAUUUGUUUGAAAUGCAAAUGUGGGUGAGUGUCUCUGAUAACUUUGAUGUGAAAACUAUUCUGAAGAAAAUAUUAGAAUCAAUUACUGAUGGCCAAAGACAAGACCAAUCAUUAGAGAAUUUGCAAAAAGAGCUUCGUAAAAGUUUAAGUGGUAAGAAAUAUUUGUUGGUCCUGGAUGACAUUUGGAAUGAUAGUCAUGACAAAUGGGCUAAAUUGAGAAAGUACCUGAUGUGUGGCGCUCAAGAUAGUAAGAUUUUAGUGACAACCCGAAGUGAAAGUGUAGCGAAGGCAAUGACAGCUAGCCCUUCCUAUCCUUUGAAAGGUUUGACUGAUGAAGCAUCUUGGACUUUGUUGAAGAGCAUUGCAUUUGAGGAUGAUUUCAAAGGAGUGAAUCAAAAUCUAGAAUCAAUGGGGAAAGAAAUAGCCAAAAAAUGUAAGGGGGUUCCACUAGCAGUUAAAACCCUGGGAGGCCUGUUAAGAAGACAAAACGAAGAAAGUGAAUGGGAGAAUGUUAUACUUGGUGACGUCUGGAAAUUAUGUGAAGAGCAAAAUAGUAUUAUGCCAAUUCUAAAACUUAGUUACCGCAACUUGUCGCGAGAAAUGAGACAAUGUUUUGCUUAUUGCUCUUUGUACCCCAAGGAUUCAAGAAUUCAAAAGGAUGAGUUGAUUCAGUUAUGGAUGGCACAGGGUUACCUUAAAUGUUCAACUGAAAAACAGUACAUGGAGGAUGUAGGUAAUCAAUUUGUAAAGAUGUUUUUGAUGAACUCAUUUUUUCAAGAUGCGGGUAGUGAAUACGGUGUGAUCAUUAGCUUCAAAAUGCACGACUUAAUGCAUGAUCUUGCAAUGCUUGUUGCUGGCAAUGAUUAUUGUUACUUGGAUAGUAAAGCAGUAAAAGUUGAAGGUAGACCCAUGCACGUAUCAUUGGAAUCCGAUGAGACCAUUCAUUUGUUGAAAUCAUUAGAUCUGAGCAGGCUGCGAACUUUGAUUUUGCCGUUUUCCUUGGGAGAGGAGGAAUUUUCUGUUGCUAAUUUUAAAUACUUACGCGUCUUGAGGAUAUCAUCAUUUUCCUUCUUCAAAUUGUCUGAUUCAUUUGGAAAAUUGAAGCAUUUAAGAUAUCUUGACAUAACUGAUUGUUACUCUCUGAAUGGGAUGCCAGUUGGGUUAGGAAAGUUGUGCUCUUUGCAAUUCUUAUCGACCUUUGUUGUGGGAGACAGCCAAGAAAUAAAAUGUGGCACACUAAAUGAACUGAAAGACUUAAACCUAAUAAGAGGCAAAUUAAGAAUUCAGCCUCUCGAUCGUGUCAGAGAGGUGGCUCUGGAAUCACAGGACGUAAAUUUAAAAGAAAAAAAACUCCUUCAAUCCUUGACUCUGGAUUGGUGGCUUUAUGGAGACUUCUGUAACAGCGACAGCUUGCAAUUAUUGGAAAACCUUCAGCCCCACCAUAAUCUUAAGCGAUUGGAGGUGAAUCAUUAUCCAGGCGUGCUUUUCCCAAAUUGGCUCUCUCUUCUGACCAAUGUUGUUCACAUCCGUCUCUAUAAGCUUUCUAAAUGCCGCUGUCUCCCUCCGUUGGAACGUCUCCCGUCCCUGAAGUCACUUGAUAUAUUGUUUCUUCAUGAAUUGGAAUACAUAUAUCUCUGCGAAGAUGGCUUUGCAGUAACCGUCUUCCCCUCUUUGGAGAGCCUCACCUUAGAAGGUUGUCGGAAGUUCAGGGGAUGGCGGAGGCGGGGAGAUGAUAUCAAUGAUUCACACAAUCUUUCCUUACCUCUUUCAUUUCCUCAUCUUUCUCGGCUGGAAGCCUCUAAAUGUACACAGUUGACUUGCAUGCCUACUUUUCCAAAUGUUAAGGAUUUAAAAUGGUACAAAUGCGGUGAGGAGCCAUUAAUAGGAACACUAAACACAACAUGUUCAGCUGACUCAUCUUCCUCCGCUGCUCCUCUUUCCAUGCUCAAAAAAUUAAACAUAUCGGAUCCUAUGAAUUUACCAAAGGGUUGGAUGCAAAAUCUGACUUCUCUCGAGUCUCUUUUUAUUAGAUCUGAAAGUGAAACACUUGAGGUAUUUGAAACUGGGUUCAAGGACGACACCAACUGCCUUCCUUCUCUGCGACAAAUUUCAUUCUAUUAUUCUAGAAACCUAGAGGCUUUGCCAGAUUGGAUUUGCAACCUCUCAUUGCUUCAGCGUAUGUCAAUCGUACGCUGCCGAAAUCUGGCAUCGCUGCCCGAAGGAAUGAGUCGUCUUACCAACUUAAAGAUCUUUGAGGUCUACCGUAGUCCCCUCUUACUUAAAGAGUGCCGAACAGAGACAAGUGAUGUUAGUCGCCAAAUCGCACACAUCCCACAAAUUAUCCUUACUGAUUGGUGAUCAUAAAGGUGAAAAUGUAAAGGAGAAGAAAAAGAAAUGUUGGAUAUUGAAGGCUUCCUAAAAAUUGUUAGAUUUCUGUAAUGUUGAAAACCACUUAUAAUAGAACAACUGUAUUUCUUUUUUAUACCGUUUUGAUUUCACAUUUCGGUGACUUGUUGGUCAUUAGUUAUUUCAUAGCAACUCUCAAGUGUUAAAUUAUAAGAAUAUUUUCAGGAUCUAUCAUAUCAAAUGUCAAAAAAGUAAGAGGUGUACGUACAUUACCUAGUAGCUAGCUCUCACUUAAGUUCUCAAAAUAAAAGGCAGAGAUCUCAAGUUGGACAACAUUUAACAUUAACGUAUUGAAAUGGAAUCAUCCUAUUUAGUAUCCAUGUUUUUCUUUUAUUAAGCCUGGUAUUUUAAAAUUUAUAAUCAAGAAAGGAAAUUCUUUUAUUAUAUCAUGUAAUUUAAUAUUUAUAAUCUAGAUCUCCUAAUUAGUAAUUUAGGAUGAUAUGGAGUUGAUACUAGUGCAUUGAAGUCUGCAAUUAGUAAAUGAAAUAUAUAAAAGCAACCAAUUUUAGAGUAGUUGUUUGUUAGUGUAUAUAUUUUCUACAAAGAAAGGUAAUAAAAGGGACCUAAAGGUAUGUUAUAAGUACUUAUAUCAUAGUUAAUUAGGUGUUCUUUUAGCUUUUGUUUUUGCACUAAAGUGAUAGUCAAAUCCUUGAAUCUAGCCCAGUUUACUAAGAUUAUAAGAUUAUAAUAGUUGAGUUGUUGUUGGUAUAGGCAAAUUUUGCAUUGGGGUCAUGUUAAAGGUAGUUCUUUUCAUUAUUCAUUUCAAGACUUGUUUGAGUUGGGUAAUGUGAAAGGUUAUGAUAAAAACUACUCUUUGAAAGGCAAAGUUGAAGAAAGUGAACCGGAUACUGCCACCAAUGUUCUAUUGGGACUCUACAAGAGAAAAUAUGCAGGUUAUCCUUUUUUCUUUUUUUCUAUACUUUCAUCUUGCUUUUUUCCAGAGUCACCUUUUUUUAGUUCACUUGGUUAUCAAAAUGUUUCUGUUAUGGUAAGGUUUUUGGGAUUACAACAUAGAGAAUGCGUAGUGUUACUCUGUAUUGUGUUGAAAUUGAACUUUUUUAUUAGAAAAAUAGGAGUAUUAUGAAUUAAAUUUCUAAUUGUUUGGUCAAAGAGACUUUAAAGAAUGUGACAUAUCGUGGGUUUCAAGGAAUGUCUACAGAUGACAAAGCUAUUAACUUAGAUUAUUCCUCAUCGGGUUGUUUCAACGUUGUAUUUGGAUCAAAUUAACAUUGUCUAUGCUAAACCAAGAAGGAGUAUCUAUGCUUCUUGCAAAAAUGCUCAUGGAACAUUUAACUCUGUUAUUCCAAGGGUCUCUUUUUUAUUGAAAUAAUCUUUUUAAGAGUUAAAUUUUUAAACCAUUAACUCUUUUGUUCCAAGAGUCCCUCGUAUUUGUAAGAUGGAAAUCAUGGAUACUACGAUAGUUUUUUAUAUUUUUAUGUGAUAUUAUCUUAUUGUAAUUUCGUCCAUGAUUUUGGGAUGGCCAUGUAAUUCGUAUGAGAUUCAUUUUGGCUUUGUUUCACUUCUCUAACCAAAACUAUACCAUUAGUUUAUUGUUCAUCAAGUUGCAUUCCAGUGGAGUUUAUGUUCUCUUGCAUUUGAAGGUAGUGUGUGGGCUUAUCAAAUGUUAUUUACAUCCCCGAAUUGUACUCACAAGUGCAGAUGAAUACUAGCAAAUCUACUCUUUAACGCUAGAAACUUUGAAAGAAUUUUGACAAUGGACAAAAGAAAAAAUUUAUACAAAGAAAAACAUACAAAAUUUGUUAAGACUAUGCAAAGGUUUUAUUAAUAAAACAAAAAUUCAAGCACUCAUAUUAUGUCCAAAACGUUAGUACAUUCGAUUCCUCGCAUAACUCAACUAUGGAUUUUAGGGAUUGUACACAAUUCUUAUUCAGAAGCCUUACAAAACACUCACAAGGAAGUUCACACUUUGUUCUUGGACAUAACUUUCCUUUUAUAGCAUAAUUCUGCCACCUAUCAUAAUUAAGCAGAGAAAAAAUUGUGUUAAUUAGUAAGCUUUAUAUUUCAACUUGCAAUUACAUACGGAUUAUCAUGUAGAAGUUUAAUCAAACUGAGUCAAAAAUUGAAUUGGGUAGUGCAACUGGACAAAAUUACACAAGGAUUUUAAUCUUUUAUGAUUAAAAAAAUAAAUUCAUGUAAAGCUUUACAAAUUUUUACAAAUAUGAUAAACUAUAAUUUUUGUCUUGAGAAAAAAUUAAUAUAUAUUAUCACUUAUUAAUGAUAUGACAUAUAUUUAGUUAUAUUAAUUAAGAGUGACAAAGUGGAUUAGUUUGUGAAAAAGUAACCAAAAAAUUAGACAUCUUAACUUGAUUUGACUCGUUUAAAGAUGAAUGAGUAUUAAAUUAGC